AUAAUCUAUUUUUUUACGGAUAAUUCUUUGACAUUAAGUAUAAUAUACUAACUUGAGAUAGCCAUUUGUUUUUCUUUUUUUUUGUGUCUGUAUUAACCGACAGCUUAACAAAGUUAGUUGAAGUGUAUCAUUUACUUAGAGAUUUGUUUCGAGCGCACUCGAAAGUUAUCCCGAGCGCUCAUUUAAGACUAUAAUGAAGUAUCAAUAUGAUGGAUAUAUAGGAAGACUGCAGUGCUGUGGUGAAAGUGGGUCCUUAACGAAUUUAGUGAAGUGAUUUUUUUAAUUUUGGUGAAAAUGAUUGUUGAAAUACAGGAGGAGGUUAGAGGGAAGAGGCCUUUCAAGAUAUGGGACAGCUCUCGGAACGUGAGGAAGGGCCUGGUGGUCACUAGUUUUGAGGAGUUAAUACACAGAGGUAAAGAAAAGUUAUCGGUAGCGGCCAGCGAGCCGGUGCGGCUGGUGCUAGAGAGCGACGGCACGCAGGUGGAAGACGGCGAGUACUGGCGCACGCUACCCCCACACACUGUGCUCCUGCUGCUGCGCACCGGCGAGCGAUGGUACCCCACGGGGGUCGACGUCAUCAAGGCUGCGAUAUCGGCGAUCCCGAAAAUAGUGUGCGAGACCAUCCACGCGCUCGAGCUGCACGAUGAGACGCCUUCGUGGAAGAUCAUGGACAACAAAGGGCGCGUCACGGUGGUGUUGCACUGGGACCAGCGGCCGCAGGCGUCUCCUGCCGCGCGCUCCCCCUCGCGCCAGCCCAAACCCGAUCGUCGGCCAUCGCUCGUGAUCCAGACCUCGCUGGACCGCCCGCAACCGCCGCCGCCGCACAUCACCGUCGUCAACCACGACGAGCCUGCGCCGCGCGCGCGCCUUACGCGCUCCGCCGGCUCGCUCGACCAGCACGUACACACGGCCGACUGCCGCGCGCACGUCCCGCACACCACUCACGCCGCUCCCCACGCGUCCCACGCGCCGCACACCGCCCACUCUUCCGCGCACCAGCCUGCGCGUCCGCCGCCUGACGAGUGCGACUUCCACUGCUGCGCGUUGCACGAGGAGGGGCGGCGCAUUGCCGUGCAUAAGAGCGUUGCCACCUCGCCCAUACAGGACGCGCAGCCGCGCGCCUCGCCGCAGGGCCGGCCCAAGGGGCACGUACGCUUCCUUGACGCCGAGUCGGCGCGCCGGGGCGACCGCGACUCCUCCGAGAGCGAGACCGAGAACACGCUCGUGGAGGACGAGGCGGUCACCUCCGAGAAGUUCCUCCUGUUGAUCGACCAGCUCAGCGUCGAUCAGAAACGGCACCUUACUAUUAAGGACAUCGGCAUCAUUCUCGAGAGACUGAGCUCCAAGAUCCUCGAUGUGGAGCGGCUCGACCGCGAGUCGGAGUCUGACGACUGCUACAACUGGACGAUAAAGGCGACUAUCCGAGGCGAUGCGCUGCGGGAGCUAGGCGUCAUCUACAACGGCAACUACUAUGCCAUCAGCGAGCACCCCGGCUACCGGGAGGAGAACGAGGAGGCCGGAGACGAGGGCGAGGAGGAGGAGGAGGAAGACCGACUCUGAUCGGGCCUGU